UCUUCUUGUCAUACCAAACACAAUAUCAAUAAUUUGACGAAAAUCAAAAUCGUUGCGGACGCAAGCGGACUUACAUUUUUUUGACACAACACAACAUCCAAGUCAGCAGCCACAAUGCUCGGAGUUACACCGCACGCGGUAUCAUACAUAGCACCGCAAGCACCUAACCCCAAGACCCCAAAUGUCCGAUCUAAGAGCAGGACUUCGAGUUUUGUCCCUUUUAGAGAUGACACCAAGUUGAUAGCGUUCCGGUACGACCAAACCGUCCAGGCAGAACCACCUAUACCAAUACCACCACCUCGAUCUUCUCGUCGUCCGCCUCCGCGUCCUAUUUCGUGUAAUACAGCUCGUAUUCCUAUCGUGAUACCGCCACCGCGCCCUCCUCCUCCCACGGAACAGCACCCGGCAUUGAGGACUAUCAGCAACCCUCGGACAAGUGUGGAUACGAGAAAGCGGGAUUCCUGCCUCUCGCCAACUACCGUUUCAAGCUCGUGGACCAUCCGAGAGGAUACCGAGACGGACGACGAAGAUCCUUUCACCUACGGAAAGAUCCCAAAAUACGGAGAAAUUAGACCCCUCCAACUAACGACUCGUUCUGCAUCGCCCUCCCUAUAUUCGCGUCAGGAGGGGCGAGUAAGCGAGUCCAACAGCAGGGCUAGCGCUCCUUCACCAGCGUUUUCGGAUGGCGAUACCGUUUCUCCGACGUCGCCAAUUACCCCGCCUUCUAACUUUUCCAAAAUAAUUGCAAGAAGUUUUAGUUUGCGAUCUAACUCGUCAAAGUCGUCUUUUUCGAAGAUGAGACGGUUACGGAAGAAAGCAGGAAAUGCAGGUGAUGGGGGGGUACCGUGCGCUGGAAAUUACACUGGAAUCUACGCUGGAAACGGCGCUGGAAAUGAAAACCCCGGCUAUCCACUAAACGCACUAAACGGGCACGACGAAUCGGCGCCUAAAUCCCCUAGCGGCAGAUUGUCACCAAUGUCUAACCCCCAUGAUUCCCCAAUUAUUUCAACCACUAUCCCCACUGAAAGGUUGCUAGAAGAUGACUUUAUGACCCAGCUGUCCUUCUCCAAGCGUGGCAGCCUCAUUUUCGGCGCCAAGCACUCGCGCAGAUCCAACAAGAAUCUGGCCAUUAUGGCCGAACAGCACGGCAAUAUCAAUAAUGAAAACGCCGAUACCGAACGAGUUAAACAGCCACGCGCAUUCCCAUUAGUACCGACACGCGAAAAGAAUCCCGAUGAGUUCGUCGGCGUCAGCGCGAGCGCGAGCGCUAAUGAUGAACCCGCCCAAAUCUCGUCAGGGGCUUCCGACAACGCCUUGACCAGCACGUCGCCCACACCGCGCCGGCCACCUCCUAGCGUUCGGGUCAUAUCUGCUGAGGCCGAGAAGGAAUCUCAAAAGGUGAGAUCGCUCUAUGAAUCUGGGGAAGGUGUCAAGUGGGAGGAGGGCGCGAGACGCUCGUCCAUUGAUGAGCGUAUCCAGCCCUCAGCAGAAAACCCGUUAGAAGAGAAUGCGAAUGACGCAUCAAACGACCCGGUUGGACACCCUACUCCAACCUCGGCUUCUACUUCGUCGCCACAAGAUAAGGACAUAAGGACCGAAUAUGAGCUAGCCGGGGGAAUCGAGGAUUGGGAAGGAGUACAGGUUGAAGAUGUCGAUCGUUACGGUUUCAUUUCAGUUCAACAACCGCGAGAUUCGCGGCCGUCGUCGCCGACCGAAACGACGACGUCUGUCCAUUUUUCAAUGCGCAAACAUCGAAACGUUCUGAUUCGGAAAGAAACGGCGUCACGUUCGUUAAGAGUUAGGAGCGGCCCUAGUAGGAAAACGUCAGCCCGAUCUUUGAAUACGCAGACGUCGGAAUUAUCCACGGCGUCGCACCGUUCCGCCCUGUCGGCAACUUUCCGUCAAGCCACAAAUUUGUUGCCGCAUAACAGGGACAGGAGGUUAUUAGACGAAGCCGGGGAUAUCCUUGCAACCCGCCCAGGCUUGUCGAACGUUGGCGAGGACGGGUCGGAUGAGAGGAAGUCAGCCGAGUUAAAGUUGAAGGAGACGCAGCGAACUGAGAAAUGGCGGAGGAUGGCCACAGUAAUAAAAAUAGGCGCGGAUGGCCAAGGUAUGGUGUUUGAAUUCGAUCUGAAGCACCCGAAACUAGCCAAACGGGUGUGGAAGGGUAUCCCUGAUUGUUGGCGGGCGGCGGCUUGGUAUUCGUUCCUCUGUUCCGCCGCCAGGGCCAGCAGCGAACCAUUUGCUUCGGAGGAGGACAUCAAGGCAGAUUACCGCCGGCUCAUCGACGAGCCAUCGCCAGACGACGGGCAAAUCGAUCUGGACGUGCCUAGGACAAUUAAUCAACAUAUUAUGUUCAGGCGGAGAUAUCGUGGUGGCCAGCGAUUGCUUUUCCGAGUACUACAUUCCAUAUCCAUUUAUUUCCCCGAUACGGGUUACGUCCAGGGCAUGGCUCCGCUGGCGGCAACCUUUCUCAGCUACUUCGACGAGGAGACGUGCUUCGUAAUGCUUGUUUGGUUGUGGAAGUAUCGUGGUCUCAAUCGAAUGUAUGGCUCCGGAUUCGUGGAACUGAUAGAGGCUCUGAAAGACUUCGAACGCGACUGGUUAGCUAGUAGAGACGUCGCCGCGAAACUUACGGAGCUCUGUAUCGACCCGACUGCGUACGCCACUAAGUGGUAUCUGACUCUCUUCAACUUAUCGAUACCAUUUUCUGUCCAGCUCCGCGUGUGGGAUGUGUUCAUCCUACUUGGCUCUUCACCAGAACCGACCGGCGGAUCUAUCUCGUCGAGCAAGGCUGCUCCAGAACCAUCGUCUAAGGGACUCGAGAUUCUCCACGCGACUAGCCUCGCUAUUAUCGACACGCUCCGGCCUACAUUGCUUGACUCGGACUUUGAAAAUGCUAUGAAGUCUCUAACUUCUUGGGUUCCUAUUAAGGAUGAGCAAGGAUUUAUGGAGCUCGUUCAAUUAGAGUAUAAACGUCAUCAAAGCAGAUGAAAAAGAAAAAGAAAAAAAAGUACUUGGGAGGUUGGAGAGUUGAUUAGGCGCAUUACUCUAUUGGGGCCUGAAGUUGUUCGUCAACUUUAGGUCAGCCAUGGCACUUGACGCCGCCUUUCUUAAAUUCGCGCCGAAUUGGGGUUUCUCGGCGAGGAGGGGGGGAUUCGGAAGGGAUCC